AUGCCUAAAGUUGAUAACAAGUUUAAGUCAUUAGAAGCUUUUGAAGAUGCUGCAAAGUUAGCAGCUAAGGCUAAUAAAUUUGCCUUUGCAAGAAAGAAUAGUAGUUUUACUGGACAUAAUGGAAAAUCACCUUUUAUCAUUUUACAAUGUACUAAAGGAAAAAAAUGGUCUGUUAACAAAGUAAUUGAUGGUGGAAUUAUUUGUACAAAAGAUGUUGUAAAUGAGCAUGCUUGUAUUAGAUAUGCAUUAAAUGAAGGCUCUAAUAAUGAUUCUGCCCAAAAGCUUUUAAGACUUUUUGAGAAACAUGAUUACAUAGUUGUACCUUUAAAAACAAUAGAAGAUAAAAGCAAAGCAUUAUAUAUAUGGUUUUUACAAACUCUUUGUACUAAGAUUUAUAAUGCCUAUAAUUGUGUAUCACAUGUUUUUAUGUUGGAUAGAAAUCAGGCUUUAAGAAAUGCAUCAUCCAAACUUUUUAAAACCGACGAUGAUUAUGAGGCGUUUAAAAAAGAAGUUGUGGCUCUACGUUUUACAAUACUUGAAAAACAAAUUCCACAGUCCUUAAAUGCAGUCAAAAAAGCUGCAGAAAAAGCUCAUAUGUCUAAAAAACUUAUACAAAAUGGUUCUGCAAUAUGGGAAUAUCAACUACUGGGUGAUAUGAAUCAUCUCAUAGUGCAUUUAAAAGAGCUAUUGAGAUGGCAAUUUUUUGAAAACCCCAAUAUUGUAGAGCUUUCAUGUUCUUCAAAGUCUUCUAUUAUCAAUCCAGAGUUUUAUAGUACUUUUAUUAAGGCUGAAGAGAAAUUUGAACAAUUAUCAGACAAUGUUACUAAAAUAGAGUUUAUCACUAAACUUCGUAAAAUAACUAAUAUGCUAUUACUUGAGCCUGUAAAGAUGUCACAAAAAGUAGUGUCAAAAGAUUGUCUUCCAAGUACUAAGCGAGAAUUACUUCUAACUGAGCAUCAAAAUGCUGCUACAAAAAAGAAAAAAAAAAUGCUUAAUAAUAUUAACAAGCUUAAGAGCAAACCUAUUCAGCAACAACAUAUACCAAUGAAACAAACGCUUAUCUCUGGUUCGAAUUCUAAACUAUAUGAGGUUAAUAUUCCUAAAUUUAUGCAUGAAUAUAUUUCUGUAUAUAUUGAUGUAGCCAAAGAUAGCAAUUGUAGUUUUCAUGCAAUUGCUAUAUCAAUUGGAAAACCUGAAAGCUUUUGGCCAAAUAUUCGAGCACUUAUUUAUAAUAAACUUUGUAAUCAGAACAAGCUUAUUUCUCUUACAUUUCUUCCUGAUAAUAUUCUAUUGAAUCGAAAUGUAUCAAUUAAUUUUGUCUAUGUUUUUGAAAGACAACAUUUUAUUGCUAUAAAACUCAAACCUAAUGUUUCCGUUCCUUCUAUUGUAAGAGGUUGGGAAGAC